AUGUAGACGAAUAAAUUCUCUGAAAGUUAAUCCUUGCCCUCAGCUGCCCAGUACGCAGUCUUCAAUGAUUGGAAAAAUGAAGUCAUCCUUAAUCCAAAGUCAAGUUACAAAUAAUACAUCUAUUUACUCAUUGGAUGUGAGCUUAUUCAUUCCUUAAUUAGUGCUAACAUGAUGCUCAUGGAGGCUAUGAUAGUAACCUUAACUCUAACGUGCAUUUUUACAAACGAGCUAACUCUACUUGGGCUAUUAGCACUCUCACCCUUUAUCAUAGAUGCUGCUUAUUCUCUAAGAAGCAUUAUUGAUUAUGUUAAGAAUCCUAAGAACUCUUUCAAUGAGGCCAUUAACGAACCCCUUAUAUUUGAUAGUCAGGGCUCAGAUGAAGAUUAAGAACCUAAGGAUUUACUAUCAAUAGCAAUUCAGCAAUUUGAGGCCAAAUUCAAACUAACGACUUAAACCCAAUUUUUUAAGGACUUUUUCCUAAACAACUACAAGUAAAAUGGUUUCCAUCUUGAAGGAAACAACUUGGAUCUUCAGAUCAUUGGAAUUACCUCAAUAUUAGCUCAGAUCUACCUCUCCAUUCUAGUUUUCUCUCACUCAUCCUCAAUCAAUAUAGUCUGCAAAAUACUGUUAGUUCUGUAUCCUCUGACUCAAUUGCAUCAAUACUUUGGAUUUUAAUAAAGCAAAUUGCAACACUUCCUACUUUCUUGCUUUGGUCUUUGCUACUUUGCCUCAAUAUGUCUCGGAGCUACAUACCUUAUGCUCUUAAGAGGCUCAGUUUACAAUGAACUAAGUUUUGUGGGCUACAGUGUAUUCUUAACUGUCGAUGCUUUUUACGGAGUCUGUGUGUUUACUUUCCAAGAAUAGUACCUAAAUCAAUACAGAAAUUACAGAAUUCUCGAGAAUAAGAUGACUAGCAUUCUUUUUGACAACUGGAAAUCUCACUAAUUCAACAGUAUGAAUAGACUCACUAAGAUUGCAGCAUUUGCUCUGAUCAACUUACAGAUAACUUUUACUUCCACCUUAGUUAUUAGCGAGCUUCAUAAUUUAAGCUUCUACACACUAGGUAAUCCAACUUUACUUAUUGCUACUGCUUCCCUUUUAUAUUCAAUGCAAUGUAACAUCGCCUUCUUUAUGCAGAAAAAAGUUAGCAAAGCCACAAACUCCUAUGUAAAUAAUCAAUCUUUCUUAAUCUUAUAGGUGGUUGGAGCAGUCUUAUCCCUAUUAUUGACCAUAAAUCUUAUAGCGAUUCCAAGUAUUGCAAACCUUGUUCUGCUAACUCCCUUCCUCAUUGAUUCUCUAUAUGGAUUAUCAGUGAUCAAGGAAGCUUUUGAUGAAAAAGAAUCAAGCGAUGUGUAUUAUGCAAGUGGAAACUUCUUUAAACUUGAAUACUCAGAAAUUCCAGAUGAAAAGUUGCCUGCUCUAAACUAAUUCUGUCUCAUUUGA